CCACCAUGUACACACCGUACACACUUUCGUCCUCUGCGGCUUCAUUUUCAUUUAUGCGAUUCCUUUUUUUCGCUCGACCAUAAAUUUUGUGUUUAAAGUUGUGCCGGUGUGUUUCAUAGUGUCCGAGUGUUAGUCACACCAAAUAAAUUCAAAUGGAGACAGCAAGAAAAUUAUAUUUGAAUCGCCAACGUGCAGCACACUUUUAGCGGUAGAAAAUUUGUGUGAAGAGUUGGUCACAUCAACCGAAUGAACAUGGAUUUAAAACUUAGUGGAUCGCAGAUAAACCUAGCAACGCGAGACAAACGACCAACACCAGCUGUACAAUAUCCAUUCAACCAUCGACCUGGUUCAGCAAAUAAUGUUGCCACAACAAUAAACCGGUCAUCAUUAGCAUUAAGAGGUCGACCCAAGCGGCCACAGUCAGCUGACACAUUUAUAUUGAAAAGCAAUUUGAAAGGUGGAUACAGUUUUCUCGGUGAAAAUUGUGGCGAAAAGUCAAAGUUGAAACGACCCCUUUCCUCGUCUUCGAACCUACUUAACAUUCUCCUAUCAGAGCAAAUAAAGCGAUCAUGGAGCACACCCGAACCUGAUUUGAAUUCUGACUGCAGUUUGGGAGGCAAAAUUAGAACAAGAAGUAGCUCGCAAAUGGAUUUACAUAGUGAUGGUGGAGAGGGUAGCAGUAUUGAAGAGGAUAUAAGCAUUAACAACACUUACAGAAGCAACAGUUUGCCGAAAAAAGUUAAAAAGUCGAAACCUCGGAGUGCAUCCAAUACCUUAAAAAGGGAUAGUAAGCUCGCUCAGUCGGAUUCUGGGAAGAAAUUCGUUACAUUCGGAAACACUCACUUCGUCGAGAAUACUUCGUUGUCCGGACACAGUGCAAAUAGUGGUAGUGACAACCAGGAGAAACCAGAUCUUCCUGGAAGAGUUUCGUUCAGCAAAAGCGACGUAUACGAGAUCGAUUUCAGUGAUUACGAAAACGGUGAUGAAUUGUUGGCAAAUUACUCCAGCUCGGCGAGUAAGGUUUCGUUCAACAAAUUGAUUCGAACUCCCUCCAUCGCCAAGAGUCACGACGACUGUGAUCCGGCGAUGGAUAACUACUGUUGUGCUCUGAAAUGUAACUCAAUGGCAUCCACGGUUGAUGAGUGCGACUUAGCAUCAGCCGAUAAAGGCAUUGCAACGAAAAGUGAAAGUGCAGAUCAUUCCGACAGUAGUGCCGUUAUUGAAGACUAUAAAAAAGAGGUGGAAAGUCUCAAUCGUAGUCGAGAGAUGGAUAUUGCAGAGAAAGAAGAGUCCGACGAUACUGCCAGUAUUACCAAACAAGAAGUGCCAAGAUUACAGUUAACAAAGUAUAGUGACACCGCAAUAACCGCAACAGAACGUACCAACGCUGCUAACAAAUACAAUGAAAAAACAGCUUACAACAACAGUAAAAGCGUGAGCCUAUUGAAUCUGAAACCACUUAACAACAACAACGGUGGCAAUGAGCAACAUACGAAAUCGGCAUCCAAUGAGGUCAUCAACAACUAUCUCAAGGCUACGAACCAGAAUGAUAAUUAUACACCAAGCUCGGCCAAGCAAAAUAAUUUGUCCAAAGCGCCAAAACAGACGAAAGUGAUUAAGAAAGUGAAACAGUCCGUUCCAGACAAAGUGAAACAGAAGUCGAAGCUAGCUGACCAUCAUGACGAAUUUCACAUGGAAAAAGUGGAAAGUUGGAUGUCCAUACACGAGAAACGAUUUUCCGACAGUAAAUGUGACAUUGGUGAAAAUGCUGCGUACAACAACGAAUGGCGCGAGACGCCGAAUUCGAAGACGGAUGACGAGGGAAACUUUAGCUUUGAAGAUCCGAUUGAUGAUGGAUCGAACGGGGAAUCGAAUUACGAUGAAAUUGUGUCGGUGAUAAAAGAGAUUGACGAGGAGAAAAUUAAGGAUUUGGAAGCAAUAGAACAUGCAGGAACGUCACCAUCCUCAACGUUAAAGCUGAAAACAUCGGCAAGAUCAGACACUCCGGAUAAAAUGGCAGAAAUAUUAUCGUACCUGGACAACGUCGAUUCAACAUGCAUCAAAACGAUGCAAGAAACAUUUUCCUACAAAAUUCCCGAUUCAUUUCGCUCGGACAUUGAAUUCGCUGUUGAGCCGGACAUUGUUGGUGACAUGCCCAAAAUAUCCGAUCUGGUCAUUUUACCCAAUCAUCAACUGGCCCGGCGAAUCGUUGCUUUAACAUUACGCGCCAAUGAACUAUCGAAUGCAAUCCAAUUAUCGAAGGAGCAUAUGGUUCAUGUACGGGCUGAUAAACAGAAAGCCAUACGAAUCGAAAAGCAAAACUCACAAGCGCGUAUAGCUGAACAAAAGAAUCAUUUUGAAAGCAUCGUAUCAAGGCAUCAAGGCUUUAUUGAACAGCUUCUCAAGGAUAAAGCCGUGCUGUGCGAAAAAGUGUCGGCACUAACAAGACGUAUUGAAAGUCAAAACCAAGCUUGGGAACAUAAACUACAAACGGAAAUAGUUCGAGUGAAAGAAAGCGCCCUGGCUGGAGAGAAAAUUCGACGAGAACGUUGGGUGCGGGAAAAUACAAAGAAAAUUAAGGAGUUAACGGUUAAAGGACUGGAAGAUGAAAUAAAUAAAAUGACAUGCAAUCACCAAAAGGAAAUAACGGAACUUAAACGGCAACAUCAACAAGAUAUAUUAGAUGCGGUGGAGAAGACCAGACAGAAACAUGAAAUAAUGGAAAUGGGAAUACGGGACACAUAUGCUCAAGAUAGGGAGGCUGCGAUCGAAAAGGAGAGAAGCGCUAUACGGGAAAGGUUUGAAAGACAAAUGGCAUUCGAGCAGAGGACAUUUCAUGAAGAAAAAACGAAAAUGAUGGCAGAGUUUGUGCAUGAAAAGGACCGUAUUUACACGGAGUUUAAAGAGAAGGAACAAGAUUUCGAACGUCGUCGUGAUGAAUACGUUUUUGAUAAGAAUCAAGAAAUUCAUUUUUUGAAGAAAGAACUUCGGGAGAAAAUCUCAUUAAAUGAGAAAAAACAUCAGUCCGACCUUGCAUCGGUUCGUGAACAAUUUGAAUCCGAUUUUCUGAUCUGGCGUCGAGAGCACGAAGCCGCUUUCAAGAUUCGCGAAGUGGAGAAAGAAAAUACCGUGCGAAAUCAAUGCCGAAUCGAGCGAGACAAACAGAUCGACGACAUUAUUGCCAAAGUGGAUUCAGAAGCACUUAAAAAUCAAAACGAAUUUGAAUCGAAAAUAUUACGCUUAAAAGAAAAGUACGAGAAUGACCUGCAAAAUUUGGAACAAACUGAACGAUUGACGCGGGAGAAGUACAACGAAACAAGGACUAGAUUAGCUGAAUGUGAGGCUAAUAAACAGAACAUGCAGUCAACAGUGAAGCAACUUGAGUUGCAACUUUCACAUGCUCAAAAGAUGUGUGACGAGUUUCUUCACGAAAAGGAAAAUAUGAAAGAAAAUGCACGCAAGGAAAUUGAAUUAGAAGUAAGCAACUUGAAAAAGGAACGUGAUAACGAAAUUGAACGAAUUUAUGCUCGAGUACAACAGGCUAUUGAGAAAAAAGAUGCAACUUCCGAUAUGGUGCAAAAGGAAAAUGGCGCAUUAAAGGAACGUUGCAUCAAAUUGGAAGCAAUUAUACGCCAACAACGUAAGGAUUAUUGUACGAAAUAGGAAAGAAAAAUUUCGAAUACAAACUUGUGUAAUGUGUGUGUAAUGCUGUAUAAUGUCGAUACGAACAUUUCUUGUACAAUAAAAAUCGUAUGCACA